AUGAGUGACCUGGCAACUUUUGCAGAGUUUCAUUACAGUAGAAAGCAACACAGAACAGGACAUCUGAGAAACAAUUCUAUUGAGAUGAGUCAGAUACCAGGUAAGGAGUUAAAUGGAAAUGGAACAAUUGCCCAAAGUCAAGAUCUGGCUCCUUGUAGAACCUGUGGAAGAUAUUUUGCACAAGAUGUUCUGCUGAGACAUGAUCCAAUAUGCAGGAAAGUCUUCAACAAGAAGCGCAAGCCCUUCAGCUCUAUGCAACAGAGACUACAGGGAACAGAAAUCAUGACCGUUAGGAAGCAGCACCCACAAAAGAAACAGCCAGAGAAGAAAUCUAACUGGAGGCAGCACCAUGAGGAUUUUAUUAAUGCUAUUCGAUCAGCCAAGCAGGCCACAAAAGCUCUGAAGGAGGGCCGCCCUCUUCCACCUCCUCCCCCAUCAAGCAUCAACCCAGAUUAUAUUCAGUGUCCACACUGCUCACGAAGAUUUAAUGAAACUGCAGCAGAGAGGCACAUAAAGUUCUGUGAAGAACAAGCCAUCCGCCGUGCCUUUGCUGCAAAGGCCGCCAGACCUGUGGGCAAGCAACCAGUGACUCAGAGAAAACCUCCAACAACUGCUGCGUUACCGCUUCAGAGGAGAGCACAAGAAGGUGCCAGUACAGAUGAACCUAGGACAGAUAAGACCUCUUCAGGAAUACUGCAGAAACCCAGAAAAUCUUUGGGUGCAUCGACUGGACAAAAAUCUUCAGGAGCAUUUGGACUGCAAACGCGCAACAGAAGAUAGAGCGGCUGGUCAGCAAGGAUGUGUUAAGGUUUUCUUCUGAUGCAUUAUAGAAGACCUUAAGCAACUCAAUCUUCCAGCACCUCUUCCACCUAAAGUGCUACAGCUACCACAUUAAAUAAAAUCAGCAAA